UCAUCUUCGGAUUUGGGUAGUUAAAUUCGUCAUUCACACGCGGUACCGCGAGGCAGCAGCAUUAUUCAAGUUCAGCUUCGAGUGUGGCUAGUUUGUGAUGAAGACUAGCGGUGAUCAUGCGUUGAAGAUGUAUUCAUUCGUUAUUACAAACCUUGCCAGUGACUGGAAGCAAGUGAAACCCUCAACAACCCCGUUUGCUACGAUUGGUGGUGAUUCGAUUGCCCGCGCGCUGUGCGGCAGUACUUCUUGACCGAAGUAACCAGUAGUGAAACGAAAUCGAAGCAGUUUGUGCACUGUUCGUUUAUUUCAUCAUUUCUUCGCUCCCGAUAGCAGCAGGGGGUGCAACAAUUACGCAUCGUUACGAAAGCUGUGUCCGCCCCGCCGGAGAACGAAAACGAGAACUCCUAGUACUGCAUCCUGCUGCAGCAGCACUUUCGGUACGGACGCCGUUUCCUCGCGGUUUGUGCUGGUGCUACACCGUUUUGCGUAGCCCCUCCGUACGCGCAUCGUGGGAGAUAGUGUGUUGUCUGAAAAUAAAUCCCAUAUCUUGAAGGAAGCCAAAGCGGCAGUAUUCGUGAGCACAGAGGCAAGGCAAAGCAAGGCCGAGGCCGCGCAGCAGUGCGAGGCAAAUAAAAACAUCAUCGUACGACGGCGACGACGUCAGACGAACACAGCCUUUGGGAGGAAAAGGAAAAAAAAUACGUAAUCAGCAACAACGCGGCCAUUCCUUUGUGGCGCAUUUCUGUGGUAGAGGAAUAAGGAUUUUCGUUUGCCGCUUGCAAGGAUUUGAGUGGAAAUUUGAAACCCCUAGCCGGUGUGAAACUGUUUGGCAAACCAUGGAAUAUUCUAGCAACGACGUGAAGCAGUUGUUCAGGUCGGUCUAUACCCUCGUGAAAGGACAGGACGAGCGUAAGGCGACAUUGACGGCCAAAGAGAUAUUGGAUCCGAGCUUCCUGCUCAGCCAUCGCCUACUAGUCGCGCAAUGUAUCCAGCUGAUGUUUGAGGAUUUCGAAAAUGUCGGCAAAAAGUCUCGUGAAAUCCUCUGGCGCAAGGGUUACUACGAUGUGAUCUACGUACUGAAGCGUCAGAAGGGUCGAACGACUGGAGCCGUACUGCAACGUGCGACCGAUCAGUUGAUCCGGGAGGGAAUCAACUACUUGAAGGCCAUCGUGCUUCGGUUUGCAGAGCUCUUCCACUUGGAUAUGAUGCGAUUCCUGGUCGACUAUGGUCUGCUGGAGGACUACGACGAUGAAGCUCUGCGGCAGGAGUCAUCGUGUUACUCACUACUGCAGCUUCGUGCGGAUGACGGGACGCAAAAGAACGAACUGUACACCAAGCAAGAGAUAUCCUACGCCCUGGAAACUAUACACUCGCUGUUGAUUUCGUUGGGCGAUCUGCAUCGCUAUCAGCUUGAGUUUAACAUCGGCAACCGGGUGGAGGUGCUGGAACGCACGCGCAACUUCUACCUGGAGGCAUUCAAGCUGAACCCCAAGAUCGGAAUGGCGCAGAACCAGCUGGGAAUGUUAGUGACCGGGCAGAAUUGUAACUUGGAUGCCGUCUACCACUACCUGUACUCGCUGUGCUGUGCGAUUCCCUUCGAGUGCAGCGAAACCAAUGUGAGCAACAUCUUUCAGCGGAACAUUCGCCACCUGGAGAAUGGCGGGAGCGGCAUCGCGGAUGAUGCCGGUCUGGGCGAAGGAGAUGAUCGUGCGAUAGAAGAUUUCAUCGCGACGUUCUUGCUGGUGGUUGACGUUUUCUUUUACGACAAGGACGUUACCGACUUUACCGCCCUGUGCCAUUCGGUGUUGAUCGACUUUAAAAAGGUGUUGGGCCUCCGGCAACUUCUUGACGAGUACUACAUGACGGAGGAUAUGAUCUUCAAGAUCGUGUCGAUUCUGUUCUUCUGCAUGCACCGCAUUCGUCUGAGCAACUCGGACAAAAUAUACAGUCUGAACGCGUUCCUGGUGGCGCUGUGCUCCGAGCUGCUCGAGUACUGCACGAUGGGCAUCGAGAAGUGGAUGGUUGAGCAAGUGCGCGAGGACAAUCGGUUUCGCGAGCAGUAUGCCCGCCAGUAUCAGACGUACGACGAACAAGUCCAUCGUGCCCGGUCGACAUUGAAGUCGCACGGUUCCGGCAUGAUGUUUUCGAAGGAUCAAAAAUCUUCGUCCGGCGUUGAGGAGGGUACGGCAAGUCAGGACAGCCAUGGAACGGCCAACAAGGAGAACGUCGGCAACACAUUGGAUGGUAAAGGAAAGUCGCUUGCUAAACGAGACCGUGGUUCAACAAAGGAGGAGUAUGGUGGUACCGAUGAUAUGCGUUCGAAGAAGCAUUCGCGUCGCCGACGUAGGGCGUUCUCAAACGCCAGCGAGUCAGAGGAUGAGAACGAUGAAGAAGAAGCGCGCUAUGAGGACGAUUCGGACGAUUACUCCGAUGGAUCGGAGCCGGACACGGAAAGUGAAGUAGAAGAAGAGGCAGAUGAUGACGACGAGGCAGAUAUUAUGUCGCUGUCCAGUUUCGGAUCGUAUGAUGAAUACUCCGACGACGAGGAUGACGACGAGGAACGGGACGAGCGUGGUCGUGAACGUGACAACGACAAGCAACCUCUUCCGACCGCUCAACGAAGCAACGAGGAUAAGAACCCGCGCAGUGGCGAAGAGCGCAGGGCGUCGGGCAGCGUUCCGGACGAGCAGCUGAAGUUCAAGAAGCGCUACAACAAACCGAACCCCAACAUCGUGCUGGAGUUUGCGCACUGCGAACGGACGCUGCGCUCGCUAAAGCUGCUGUUCGAUUGGAUGUUGUCCGACAAUCUGGACGUGCUGCACAACUGCUACCAAUCGAAUCCGGAAUUCCUGCACAACAUCAUGAAGCUGCUGAACUACUUCAAUCUGGACGUGCUGACCAAUCGGUUCUACUUCACGCGCGACAUGAUCACCGUGCCGGGUUUGCGAGACGAUCUGCAGACGAUCUUCAACGAGCGUCGUUCGAUUCCGUUGCAGGAGGACGUCGCCAUGAAACGCUUCCCUCUCUUCGAACUGGCGCAGGAUGGCCUCGCUUGGGAAACAUCCUACAAGCUAGCGAUCAGUCGUGAAGAUGAAAGUUUCCUUCGGCUGAUGAAGCUGGUCGACUUCGGUUUCGCGGUGUGCAAGUCGAAGAAGUUUUGCUACUCCUUCCUCACCAAGACGCGUGAGUUCAGCUUCCGCUCGGGAGGUGUUGCUGGAGGUGGACGUAAGAAACAGAAGGGCGGUGGGGGACAGAAGGGCUCGCAGCAACAGCGGGGAGGUGGCAACAAAAACCGCACCAACCUUAAGAAGGGCGAUGAGGCCAAACGACGAUCGGACUGGAAUGCAGGUGGAGACGGUGCAAAUCGUAACCAACGUGUGGGUUACGAUGGCCGACGAGGUGUGACCGCUCGCCGAGAGCAUCGCAACGGACGUGGAGUCUUACCAGAUGUGGAUGGUGACGCUGCGUUUAGACUUUCGCGAGAGGGCAAGCGCAAUCGCAUUCGCCAGUACAAACGGGAAGCUUUUGCUGAAGCGAACGGCGACGGCAACGAUGCUCCUACACUCUUCACGAAGAAGGGUUAUCUUCGCAAUCGAGCAAACGGCGGAAUUCUGCAGCGUUGCGCUAAGAAAGAAGAAGUGAAUGGCUGCGUUAGCUCAGUAAAGGACGGCGAAGAGCAACAGGCACAUCGUCCCGAGCAGGAGAAAAAGCAAAGAAAAGAAGGAAAGGACCUUAGUGCGGUCAUGGGCAGACUGUGGCUGGAGAACGAGGUGGAAACGCUCGAAUCGAAGCUCAAAAAACGCCCGGUGAACGUUACUUUGACACCAUAUUUGGUCCUUGACUCGAAAUGUCUGACCGAGUACACGGCGAUCGUGAAAAAUUUGGUCAAAACGAAGAAGUUCGUCGUGUUGAUUCCUAGCGCUGUAUUGAGCGAUCUGGAUGAGCUGAAAAAGCAUAGCGAAGGAGCACGCAAUGCCAUCAAGUGGCUGGAGAUUGAAUUUAGCAAGGGCAACCGGUUCUUGCGCACGCAGAAAAAUAACGAAUCGCUGCCGAUGCCGUUGGUGAAGAUCCCGAAAAAGUUGGAUCGCGACGGUUCGGUUUUUCAGCAGAUCGUACAGUUCUGCAACCACAUUGUCACCAACCACGCGGACAAGGAUUGUACCGACAUAAUCACCUACCUGUCCGGCGAUAGCCUGUACGAUCGCAAGCUCGGCAAUGGCAGUAGCUACACCGGCAUUCUGGAGGCCAUCCCGGUGAAGUUCGAACAGAUCGUCACAUUCUACUCCAGCUACAAACGGAAAUGAACGUCGUCGAGUGACGUAAGCCGAACAGUGGUCUUUGGUCUAACUUAACUGCAGCCAACAUGCGAAUACGAGCAAAACAGCAAGAAGCGGAGCAAGAAAUUAACGCGAAAAUCGAGAGAAACAGCAGCGAAGCAGCAGAAGUCAGCCGCCAACAAAAGCAAAGCAUACAAGUGUCUCCUUCUGGGUACCGUUGUCGCCAUCCGCCCCAAUCCCCACCAGAAAAGAAAGCAGUGAGCCAAAGGGCUGCUGAAGGAAGAUGCUUUAGACGACCGGAACUCAGUCGGAAGUGAGAAUCAAUUUGGUUCGAGACACGUGCGCGUCGUUCGUUCGUUUCGAUCAUUCUCAUGUCCUUGCGUGUGUGUGUGUGAACCGUGGCGCAGAAGCUGUGUAUUCUCUCGUCCUCUCUCAUCCUUCGGCGAGAUAUUCCUACACCAUACACAUACAAACCUACACACAAACACACACCAUUAGCGGGUCCUUCCGACACGUGGUGCUGUUGUGCUUCUUGUAUCGAGUUGUUCCGUCGUUCGUCCGGCGUGCAGGAAUACAAACAACAUCAACAGUUCGUCCUGCAUCGCAACGGCAAGCAGCAAAUCUUUGAGACGAUUUGUUCCAUACAAGCUAGAGCGAGGCACGAUCGAGAAAAAAGGAAAGGAGUACACAGAAUGUGAUGUCGAGAGGUAGAAUAAUUUUGAAGUACCACGAGCAAUUGAUCGCAAAUGUUGAAGUAAAGGUAAAACGCAUCAUUGAACAUAGGAGAAGAGUUCUUUCAAACGCCAGCAAUGAUGGAUCGAGCAGAUGCCAUCUGUAAUGGGAACGCAGCGCUGGAUGGAUUUUGGUUUUCAUUUUAUUUGUAUGGUACACAACACAUUUUCGAGCGAACAAAUGGCCCUACGUAUUCGUUGCGCGUAGUCAUUUUUCUAACAAGAAUCAUUCUCAAAAUUAAAUCAAUAUGAACUUUAAAUCUGUUGUAAACUGUGAACUGUUGAAUGAGCAUGAAAACUCCUUUGAGGCAUGGCACUACUUUAGCAAGUAUUCCCCAUCAACUUCGGAAGUGCAGGACGUAGCUCGGUGUCCUAAAAAUUGCAAUAUUCUUUAUUUUUUCUGUCCAAUGGGGAAUGAGUGUAUACAAGUUAAUCCGAUCUGCUAAUCCUGAUUUCCUUUGCUACGCUGCGAACUGUUUGUCUGCAUUGUAUGGAUGCCAGAUGCAACGUUUAGGAAUAACUUUAAUUUAAACAGAACGUAACAGGCGGUCUUUCUCAAAUUCAUUAUUCAUUGGCUUUUCGCCGUACUCUAGUGAA